AUGCGCCCGCGUAUAAAAACGUCAUCUCCUCCGAGGAACCCGUCUUCUGUCAGCAUCUCUGGAUGCGAUUCCCUCAACAUGGACCUCGAUGUCGCAACCGGCCAUAUCCUCCAAGACUGGGAGGUCAGGGAGCAACUCCAAUCCUCUUCCCCGGAGUCGUCGUCUCCCUCCGGAGACUCUGUUUGCUCCUCGCCGGAGAUGUUCUUCUCGCGCGGACACCAGGAGAUCGCCUACGACUUUUCCAGACGGGGGUCCGGCUCCAAGGCGCCUAGGACGCUGGGCAAGGCCAAGAUGUCCACAAAGAGGCGCGUUAAAGCCAGCGAGAGGGAGAAGAUGAGGAUGAGGAUCCUCGCCGAGGCUCUGCACCAGCUCCGGGACUACCUGCCGCCGGACUACACCAAGAGGGGCCAGCCUCUGACCAAAAUACAAACCCUCAAGUACACCAUCGAGUACAUCAACAAGCUCUCGGACAUUCUGAACCAUGCGUAA